AUGGAAGUGAUGGCUAAAUUGUUAUCUAAAAGUGACACAAGUAACAACCGGCUCGAAUUUCCAACCGAGAGCUUGAGGGCUUUCUCCUUGCCCGCCGGUCAGAAUUCGGUUGAAUUUGAUGCAUUUGACAUGCUAGCCCAUCCUUGGAGAUUGAAGAUAUCAGUUCGCAAUCAAGGUAAGUAUCCAAAACCUUGGAUAUCUGGCCAAUGGGGCACCUAUGUUCUUCAUAAAGGGCUUAAGCAAGGAGAUAGAGUUACCUUUAUGCAUGAGCAAGAGAAUGGAGUAAACAAAUAUUGCAUCAAAGCUGAAAGGAAGCAUUUCGGUUUCUGGUAUUCGAUUGAUCAAUAG